AUGAGGCCGCGGGUCGUCAACGCGCUUAGGUGGCGGUACAACAAACUCGGACGAGAGAAUGUUUGGUCCAUCAAAGACGACCAGGUUGUGUACACGGCAUGGAGCAGGGCGUUUCUGAGCAAGGCGUGGGACGGUGUGUGCUUUAGUCGAGCGUACGCAGAGACGCUGUUGAAGGGCGGCGACGACGACGAUAACGACGAUGAAGAUGACGAUGACGACAACGAUGACGAUAAAUGUAAUGAUAAAGGUGGUCAAGAAAAGCUGGUGGUGAGAGAUGAAGAUGAGGAGACAGUGAGGCCGGAGGAUUCGAUAUCAAACAUUGCGAUGCGUCGACUGCCAGCGAUUCCAGAGCAUGAGCCUGGCUCUUUGGAGGACCCGUCGUUUGAAGAGAUGCGCCGGCUGAUGCUGCGCGGAGCGGGAAACCUCAUCGACUUCAAGUGGCUCAUCACUUUCCAGCAACACGGCGUCCCGGUGGCAGGAGACACGGCGACAAGGAGGGAGGCAGAGGAGCUGCGCGAGCGCUGCCUGGAGGAGCUCAAGGUGUUGGAACGGGCUUUAGACCGCGCGGCAGCGAGGCGAGCAGGGAUCCGUCAGGGUGAUAUAUCGUCACCCGUGAUGGGAGGGAUCUGGGGCCAACUGCUGGGAGGACUGGGCUGA